UACACCAAAUCAAUCGCAAAUUGGUGGAUUCGCAGUUACAACUCAUGCAUCUCCAACAGUAAAUCCAAAUUCAUCAAGUACAACAAAUCAAUCACAAUUUGGUGGAUUUGGUGGACUCGCUGCUACAACUCAUGCAUCUCAAAUGGUAAAUAAUCUAAAUUCAUCAAGUACACCAAAUCAAUCACAAUUUGGUGGAUUUAGCGGAUUUGCAACACAUACUCAACCUCAUAUAUUCAAUCUUUCAUCAAAUACAUCUAUUCAACCGCAAUUUAAUUUUCAACAGUCUAACGUUGCUCAACAAGCAUUUACCUCGGACUCUAUUGAUAUUCCUAAACAACAAAAUGAUCCAACAAUUCCAACUUUAGAAACCCUUUACAACUUCUUACGGUUUCAAUCUUUUGACGGAAAGUUCUUGCCGUCCGAUGAUUUUUAUUCAUAUUUCAAAAAAGAUGAAGUAGAAAAUAAUGAUUUAAAAGAAUAUGGUAUUAGAAACGGUAUAGAUGAAACAAUAUGGACAACUUCGGUAGCGGUAGGGUAUUUGGAAAUUAUUAUGAGUUCUAAGUUUGGAGAAGAAAGUGAUCUGUGUAAAGAAAAGGCUGAAAGAUGGUUAGAAAAGAUGUCUGGUAAUGAAAAGAUGAAAGUUUUGGAAGUUGCGAGAGAGUGGGUGCGGGAAUGGGUUAAGAAAUGA